AUGGACCCCAACGAUCCUAACGUCUAUGAAUGGAAGAAAACGAAGGACCACAUCCAGAUGCUUGGUUUUUGGGCCGAUGGUAACUACGGCAUUAUGACAUGGUGUCCUUGCGGUGAGGGUUUGAUCCAAGAAGUUGUUGACGGGACAAGAUACUACACAUGCGAGCAGUACAAGUACGACAGCGUCCUUCACGUUCGGAAGAGGUGGGAUCUGGCUAUUGAAGAGGAGGUUCUUAGGCUAAGGGAUUCAAAUGAAGCGCAGACCACGAAGAUUCGUCAACUUAAUGGGGAGCUUGACAUUGCUAAAAGGAAGGCUACAAGGGAGGUUGGAGAGGAGGUUGCGAAGCUCAAGGAGGAGAAUGCAGAGCAGGCAAACCAGAUUCGUGACCUCACUGCUCAACAGGAAAAGACAAUUACCGAGGUUAGACAGCUGUGGGACUCGGUCCUGUCCCUAAGCUGCGGGUGUCAGCCGUGCAAGGACAACUAUCUAUCUCGCUUUUAUGCAUGUCUACAACUAAGUGGUUUUUAUGCUAUGUUUGAAGUGUAA